AUGGUGGACUCUCCCAAUUUGUGGCUUGAGGAGUUGAAUUCGACAUCAACGAGUGUCGAAAAAGGGGUGAUCAAUAUAUUUGUCCCACUCUUCUUCUUGCCGAUAUUUUUAAUGGACUUUUGCCCAUCAGUCUUCCUCAUCUUUCAACAUCUGUUAAAUUACAAACAAGAGUUUGUCCAAAAGUUUUACGUGCGAAUUCUGUUUAUGAUACCAAUCAACGCCGUAGUUUCUUAUUGUCAACUCUUCAUGUUAUAUGAGAAUGUCGUCUUUGUUCAAUUAAUUCGCGACUUAUAUGAAGUCUACGUUGUGUUAACGUUUUACAAGUUGUUGAUGUCAUCGACGGGUGAAGCGCCGUGUUUGACGCGAUGUGUAGCGCAUUUGAUACCGCGAGUGAAUCGGUUGUGUUGUUGUGAUGUUCCCGUCCCUGGUAUGAAGAAAUUGUUAUUAGUCACCAAAAUUGCGGUCUACCAAUUUGUCGUUCAAAAACCCUUUUUGUCACUCAUUAAGACCAUUUUAGUGCAAUUUGGAUAUUUAGAAGAAGGUGCCGCAAAAGUGUUAUUCAGGUUGUACGGAUUGUGUAUUAUGUUCAUUGCUCUUUGGAUUUUAUUGUAUUUCUUCAGAGCAGUUUCUAAGGCGGUUGUUGCUGUUCGACCAGUUCAGAUCUUUUUGUGGAUCAAAGUUGCUAUGUUCUUAAAUUUGUUCCAAGAGUUCAUCAUCGGGUUGGUCGUCAAGAACGAAAAUGUACUUACAUUCUUACAAAAAUUCACACGUCUCGAUUUAAGAGCAAUCGACUUCGAAGCACGAGUCUCCGCUAUUAUCUUCUUGGUCGAAAUGAUUUACUUGGACUGCGUAUCUCCCGUCGUCUUCCCUCUGAAAAGUACUCCUGUGGUUCAAAUCAAAGAAGUCGCAAUGUAUCUUGACAAACAAAAGGAAGGGCAGCUUGAAAGAAGUUAUUGCCAGAACUUCGCUUUUGCUCUGAUGAGUGUCUUCAAGUUCUGGGACUUCAAAGGAAUGGGUUGUCCUCAUGGAAUAUCAAUCGACAAUUAUUCUAAUGAUCUCUUUGAUAAUUAA